CCGCCUCUCUCAUCCUCCCUCGACCCUCUCUCACAGAUUCCUCUCCCUCUCUCUCUCUCACGGAGUGUCUCUCCUUCUGAAACGCUCUCAAACCCUUCGCCGCCUCUCUCAUUCUCUCCCGACCCUCUCUCACAGAUUCCUCUCCCUCUCUCUCAACGAUGGCUCCUUCAACUGGAAUCCCAAACGAAUCCCGUCGUCGCCCGCGCUCUACCGGAUUACAGCUCCCAGAUAUGCGGCAAGGGAGACCUCAGUUGACCUUAUCGGAGCCUUCUGCCAUGGCCCCAUCUUUUUCUCCUCCCAUGUCUGUACCUCCUGGAGCUGUUCCUCACGCAUCUGCCGGCUCUUCAAGUGCAGCGCCUGCAGCUCCUGCCCCUUAUGUCAGGAGAAGAGAAGAUGCUCUGCUACGUGCGCCAUCUAGACGUAACCAGCCACACCUCCAUCCUGACAAGAUCAAUGGAGCAUUGUGGUUUGGUAUUGAUCCUGAAGUCCAUGCUUUUAUCCGAGCAACAUGGCAAGGAAACUAUUGGGGGUCGUGGGCAAGCUGGAACUUCGUUCCACCUGAGAAGAAGGAUCAGUGGUGGCAUGCGUUCAUUCAACACUACUACUGGGAGGACCAAUUCCAUGAUGAAAUCUACUUGAAAUGGAAGAAACAAACUCAGGUUACCGUCUGUGGCCGCAUCAGCCAGAAAAGGAGAGAUAACCGGCAACCUUCCUACAUGUCAGACGCUCACUGGGCAACAAUGGUUGAGAAGUACAGCACUGAGCAAGCGAAAAAGAAGAGUGCAAAAGCUGAAAAAUCUCGUAAGUCUGCUCCAGUUGGGAAGAAGAUGCACAAGCACGGUGCAGGCCCACGCUGUUUCUUUAACAUUCAGUAUAAUAUGAUGGUUGAUGAAGGUUUGGAUGAACCACCUUCAUACACAGCCCUUGCGAGGAAGACUCACACAGGUAAAGACGGCUCCUUCUUAGACGAACGUACAGAGGAACUGGUGCUGGAGGUUGGGGAAGCCGUUGAAGAGAUGUUACAAGAUGGAUCUCCACAUGGCGACAGUCAAACCGACUCCACUGCUGCUUCAAAUGCAAAGCGCUACCUUCUCAACCAAGAAUACAUCAAGAGAGGAAAGACAAAGAAGGGCACAAUCUACGGCCUUGGCAGUGCUCAGUACAAGAACAGCAGUCCUUCUGUGCCAAUUCCUGUCUCACUCAAGCGCAACCUUGACGUGGAUAUGCGCAUGUCUGGCUUCGAGACCACCAUUUAUGAAGUCAAGGAAGACAUUGCUGGAGUCAAGGAAGAUUUCACUGCUUUGAAGACAGAGAUCAAUGCUUUCAAGACAGAAGUCACAGGGGGGAUGUCUGCAAGCCAAGCAACUCUCAACAUUAUUCUGCAAACUCUCCAAUCUCAAGCUUCCACUUCUGCCUCAACUGCACAACCAUUUCAGCCUCAAGCUCAGUCACAACAUCAAGGUCAGCCCCAAGCUCCAGUUCAAUCUCAUCAUCAGCCACAACCUCAAGCUCAGUCUACGGCUCCACCACAACAUCUCUCGACCAAUACCCAUUCUGAUUUAGAUAGGUGGUGCCAAGAACUUGAUAUGUAAGGUUUGAUCAGUUCAUGUAUUAAGCUACAAUAUUUUGUGUACUUUGGUUCAAAUUCAUGGAUCUUUUGAAUGUUUGAAUGUUUGAAACUUCAACUCUUAUGUAAUAUAUUUCGGUUUCAAUGAUAUUAUGACUUUCUAUUCGCAUAUAGCAUUUUAUAUAAAUUUCAAAUUUGUUUUUUAUAAUUGAUUUUAAUUUUUUUUUAUAAUUGGUUAAACUAGCCACGAAAUGUUUCGUCAGUAAAACGUAGCAUAUGUUACGAAAGAAACCGUAGCAAAACCGUGCCUGUUGCUACAUUAUAUUUCGUAUCAAAUCGUAGCAAGUUACUGAAAUCGUGGCAAGCAUUGCCACGAAAACUUUCGUAGCAAAACGUGGCACUUUGCUACGAUUUUUGAUACGCGUUCUUUUUACUACGCUCGUAUACGUACGUUUUACAUUUCGUAGCAUUUCGUGGUUUCUGCUCCGUAUAACCACGAAAUAUUGGUCAUAGCCACAAAAAUUAACGUGGCUGUAGCGAUGUUUUUUACUAGUGGAUUGGUUAGUUAGGCUGUUGUGUGAACUGAAUAAGAUUGUUUUGAUUAGUAAUUAGUAAUUACAUUAUAUUAGUUUAAAUUAAAUUUUGAAAGAAUGACUAAAAAUAUAGGAUGCAUCUAAUAUAUCUCAUCUUUUUAAUGCAAUCCACAUAAAAACCCAGCUUAUUAUUUAAUAUAGGAAAUUCAAAUAACACAAAAAACCAAAAAAAAAGCACAAAGCCUCAAAUCGAAAGUACAGAAUAAAUCAAAGCAUAACAACAACUUGAAAAAUAGGGAAAUGAGUUCAAUAUCGGAAAGAAACUUGAUCUUCAGCCUAAUCAUUCUUGGUCUUCUCUUGUUUGAUGAUCUUGAUGCAUUGUUUCUUGGAAGAAGAUGUUAGGUCCUGUAGGUCAUAAUCAUAUUCCUUGCGCUUUGUUAUAGGAGUUGGACACUCAUCAGAGGAAAUUUGAUCCAACAUCAUGGCCUAAAUCCAUUUAAAAUUUUAGGCUUUGUUAGAAACUAUGAUUACGCACACAGUAAUAACAACAUGUAAGGCAAACACUUAAUAAAUAAAAAAUAUACUUACUGAUCCAGAUGACAUGGUAGAAGAAGUAGUGACCAUAUCAGAAUUAGAUUGAGAGUCAGUCUCGAUAGUAAGAACUUUAUCUCCAGAACAAACCUCUAAAACAACAAAAGUGUCUGAACCAUUUGUGACAUUGUCUGACGUUAUGGAAAUACCAAAACAGAAAGACUUUCCAACCAAACUAAGAAUAGGUUCUGGUAAUAUCUCUGGAUCUUCAAUCUGA